AGUCUUGCACAGUGCUCCGAAGUGUGGCCUAUUCUCAACAUUAAUUGUCCAAAAAUUCUGAAUAAAACACACUUUUUUUUACGUUCUCCAGGAAUAUUAUAGUAUACCGUCUGGUCUUAUAAUUUCUAUUAAUCCAUUACCAUAUACAAUAAUGAUCCGUUGUCAGAUGUACGCGAUGGUUGUCUUCGCAUUCGGGUGUCUCGUCUUGUUACCGGACUACGGCAAAGCAAUCAACUGUUGGGUGUGCUCCACGGACACGGACCAACGUUGCAACGACCCGAUGAACAUGACCAAAGGUGCAAUCGAGGACUGUAGCAGAGCACCGCAUUCAGCUUUCUUACAGCCCGUGUGCAAGAAACAAAAACAAAGAGUGAACGGCGAGCUGCUGAUAAUCCGGUCGUGCGCUUGGGCGUCGGACAGUCGGAGCGACGACGGCCCAUGCGCCAUAAACACUCCAGCCAACAUACGCAUCGAACACUGCAGCACAUGCGACCAGGACCUUUGCAACGGCGCAGUGGUCAUCGGAGGUUGCACCGUGUUCCUGACCAUGGUGUUGGCGGUUGCGGUCCAUCUCGCUACCUAUUAACGCGGUAACACCCCUCCUAAUGAUUUUUUUUCUUCUCUGAAACACGCCCUUUUCCGCCCCAACAAAACACAGUCAUGUCUACGAAAAUCACGUAGGUACCUUUAUGACACACAUUUAUAUAGGUAUAUAUAAUAUAUACUGUUUGUUCAACUAUAUAAUAUAUAUUUUAUACAUUUUAUACCUAACAAUAAUUUUUAUUUAUUCUAAGACACAUUUUACACUUCAACAUAAAGCUAUUACAUACACCAAACGCGGCAAGUCAUAACACAUUUAUAUAUAUUUUUAUGUAUAUAAAAUAUAUUAGGUACAUUUUACGUGUGUAUGAUUUCUUCGAUAUUAAAUACCUCUCUUUUUAUAAUUAUUGUACCUAUAUAUAAAGUUAAGGAAAGUAUAUAGGUAAUUAUGUUUAAUUUUAAUAAUAUAAUUUUAAUUAUAAUAUUAUUUUGAUUGAUAUACCUAAUAUAUCUCAACUACCAACCUAUCGAUAAGAAAUUGUAAAUGGUUAUUAAGAAUUACAUUUUUAUGAUUAUUUA